AUGCGCCCUCUACUCUUUAUCGCGGCCACCAUGGUCGCUUUAACAACCGCAACCCCAACGCCAAUACACAAGCGCUCGACUACAGACCCUAAUCAAGUAUCAGACAAGACUUUUGACUUCGUCAUUGUCGGAGGAGGAACGGCGGGUCUUGCACUUGCGGCGAGGUUAGCGGAGUGGAAGAAUACGACCAUUGCUGUUAUCGAGGCUGGGACUGAUGGCAGUGAAUUUGCGGACCGGAUUGCAAUUCCCGGAAUGGCUUACAUCGACGGACUGUCGGGAACAACCUAUGAUUGGGCGUAUACAACAACCGCUCAGGCUAGCGCUGGAAACGCAACGCGAGUAUGGCCUCGAGGCAAAGGCCUUGGCGGUUCAUCUGCCACCAAUGGCGGUUUUUGGUGUCGCGGAAGCGCUCCCGAAUACGAUGCUUGGAAUGCCCUUCAGAAUGGUGCUGCUAAUGCGGAGGACUGGGGAUGGGAUAAGAUGCAGGCUGCCAUGAAAAAGGCCGAAACCUUUACUCCAAUGGCGGAAGCUAACGCAGCAUUGCUCUCUGUAACCCACGACCCAGAUGCACAUGGGAAAACUGGCCCCAUCCAGAGCAGCUAUAGCGCAUACCAGUACUCUCACCUUGCGACAUGGGUACCGACAAUGGUCAACAUGGGUCUCCCUCACACUCUCGAUCCUGCUAAUGGUGACAACAUUGGCGUCGCUUUCGUCCCCUCGAUCAUCAACCCUCACAAUGGCUCUCGGUCGGACUCUAAAUCUGCUUAUAUCGCACCGUAUGCUGGGACCAAUCUCGUUAUCCUGACCGGCUUCCAAGUUACGAAGAUCAACUGGAACUCCACAAUCUCAGGUGCUGCGGUUGCGGGAGGGGUUUCCUUCGCGGCUAACGCUGGCGGAACCGUCUACAAAGUCAAUGCCGCCAAGGAAGUAAUCCUAUCUGGCGGUACUAUUGGCUCACCCCAAAUCCUUCAAGUCUCCGGUGUUGGCCCAAGGUCGCUCCUCUCUGCUCAUGGAAUCCAAACUGUCGUCGACCUCCCUGGAGUGGGUCAAAAUCUCCAAGAACAUCUCUCCGCCUCUCUUUACAUGCAAGCGACCGAUAACGACACCUGGGCGGCUUUGAAGUUCGACCAGGCGUUAUGGGACGAGCAACUCGCGAUUUGGCGGAAAGAUGGCACUGGAAUGUGGAGUUAUUGGAACGAGGCAACUGCUUAUCCUGCAACUACCCACCUUAUGGGCACCGACGCCUCCCUUUGGGCCUCCUCCAUUAACACUGACUCUGCUCUCUCAAUUUCCGCAGACGCUUCCUCCAUGGACCCCACCGUACAAGCCGGCGUCAAAGCGCAGUACUCGAUAUUAUCGAAUUGGGCAGCAGACGCGAAGAUCGGUCAAAUAGAGCUCAUAUUCAACAUGUUUGGCUCUGCCGCGUCCAUGAUUGGAAUCCAGCUGUGUCUCCAGCAUCCGUUUUCGCGAGGCUACGUUAACAUCAAGUCCUCCUCCAUUUUCGACUACCCCGAGAUCAACCCCAACUACCUUUCAGUUUCAUACGACCUCGACCUUAUGAGGACUGCCUUCAAAUACACUAGGAGAGCCAUUGCGACUGCCCCAAUGGCGGGUAUAAUCAAGGCGGAGGCCCCUGGGAUGCCGGACACAGACGGGGCCAUUAAUGGCUAUAUUGCGGGCUCGUCCAGCACGGAAUACCAUCCCAUUGGUACCAACUCGAUGUUACCGCUCGAGCGUGGCGGAGUUGUCGAUACCCGUCUGGUUGUCUAUGGCACCACCAAUCUUCGUGUGGUCGACGUCUCCAUUGCGCCAUUGCAUGUGUCGGCCCAUACGAUGGCCACCACUUAUGGCAUUGCUGAGCGAGCGGCGGACAUCAUCAAAGCCAAGUAUCUUGCAGUUGGUUCCACAAAUUCCGACUCAUCCUCACUUUCCACUCGCACCAAGAUUGCCAUUGGAGCUGGUUCAGCUGGAGGAGCUAUUGCUGUGAUCGUGUUGUUGGUCAUGCUCCGUCGCUACAGCAACAAGCGACAGCAGAAUUCGGCGUUGGCGACUUCAGCGAAGAAAUUGUGGUCCCCAACACAACCCCGUGCGCGUCUUGUAGCGGGUGCCGAAAUCCGCCACUUGACGCAGCCUUCUCAACUCAGCGUCGACAGCAUCGCUACCUCAAUGCACGACUCGCAGCAAGUCAAAUAUAGCCAGCAUUAUUACCCGCCGAGUCCCAUGCAUGAGGACAGCAGGAGCUUGGACAGCGGCAACGACGCGACACCACACUCUCAAUAUGCUGAUUCAUCGACUGCUGCCCUUUACUCUUCCCAAUCGCCGGAUUUCUCUUCUGGGCAGCGCUAUACGGACUUGUCACCUCGGCAUCGGUGA